AUUGCAUUUUGCACGCGAGUAUGCAAGAACGAAACUAAAUGACAUAAAAUCCUCAAAAAAGCGUGGCUCCAAUACAUCAUAUCAGUCCAGAACAGCUUUCGAACGAAAGCAUCUCGUUCCAGGACUGUGUUUCUGCUUCAAUUCGUUAUUUCUUGUUCGGUGUUGCUUAUCAAUCUUUAAACGAAUACUCGAACUCUAGAUCAAUCAAUCAGUCGAGAUGGUUGUAGAGAAAAAAUACGACGGGGCUGAUCCCGAUCCAACGGAAUAUCUCUUUAUUUCAUUGGAACAGAAACGAAUCGAUCAAAGUAAACCGUACGAUGCAAAAAAGGCUUGUUGGGUUCCUGAUGACAAGGAAGGUUUCAUCAUCGGGGAAAUCAAGGCGACGAAAGGCGAAAUCGUCACGGUCCACGUGAACGAAGAGGAUAAGCCUUUCAAAAAGGACCUCGUCAAUCAGGUCAACCCUCCCAAAUUUGAGAAAGUUGAAGACAUGGCUGACCUCACAUAUUUGAGCGAAGCUGCCGUCUUGCACAAUUUGAAGCAGCGCUACUACACAAAGUUGAUUUACACGUAUUCCGGUCUAUUCUGUGUGGCGAUCAACCCCUACAAACGGUACCCGAUUUACACCCAACGUGUCAUCCAGAUCUAUAAGGGACGGAGGCGGAAUGAAGUCCCACCUCACAUUUUCGCCAUUUCAGACGGCGCUUAUUCCGAUAUGUUGACAAACAAGGAGAAUCAGUCCAUGUUGAUUACUGGGGAGUCUGGCGCAGGAAAAACCGAAAACACAAAAAAGGUAAUCGCCUAUUUUGCCGUUGUUGGUGCCACUGGGAAGAAGGACGAUUCGAAAAAGGGCUCCCUUGAGGAUCAAAUCGUCCAAACUAAUCCCGUGUUGGAAGCAUUUGGAAAUGCGAAAACUGUUAGGAAUGAUAAUUCGAGUCGCUUUGGAAAAUUCAUUAGGAUUCAUUUCGGAGCUACGGGAAAGUUGGCUGGGGCUGAUAUUGAAACAUAUUUGCUGGAGAAAGCUCGAGUUAUUUCACAACAACCCCUGGAGCGGAGUUAUCAUAUGUUUUAUCAAAUAAUGUCGGGAGCUGUGAAAACCAUGAAAGAACUUUGCCUAUUGAGCAACAAUAUUCUCGACUACCAUUACGUCUCGCAAGGAAAAACUACAAUUCCGGGAGUAGAUGACUCGGAAGAGAUGUUGGCCACUGAUGCUGCCUUCGACAUUUUGGGCUUCACGCAAUCUGAAAAGGAUGACGUGUACAAAGUCACUGCCGCCGUGAUGCAUAUGGGAGAGCUAAAAUUCAAGCAGAGGGGACGCGAAGAACAAGCCGAAGCUGAAGGAUCUGCCGAAGGUGAACGCGUCGGCCAACUGUUGGGGAUUGAUGGCCCUGAGCUGUACAAAAACAUUUUGAAGCCUCGUAUUAAAGUGGGGAAUGAGUUUGUGACUCAAGGUCGUAAUAUGGUUCAGUGCAACUAUAGCGUUGGUGCUCUUGCCAAAGCGACAUAUGACCGCUUGUUCAAAUACUUGGUAAAAAAAUGCAAUGAAACUUUAGACACGAAACAGAAGAGACACACGUUCAUCGGGGUAUUGGAUAUUGCCGGAUUUGAAAUAUUUGAUUUCAAUGGAUUCGAACAACUCUGUAUCAAUUUUACGAACGAACGACUCCAGCAGUUCUUCAAUCACCACAUGUUCGUCCUUGAACAGGAAGAAUACAAACGUGAGGGCAUCGAAUGGACCUUUAUCGACUUUGGAAUGGAUUUACAAGCCUGUAUUUCUCUUAUCGCACAGCCGAUGGGGAUCAUGUCCAUUCUGGAAGAAGAGAGCAUGUUUCCUAAGGCGUCUGAUCAAACAUUUCUCGAAAAAUUGAGAAACAAUCAUUUGGGAAAGUCUCAGAACUUUGUGAAAUCCAAACCUUCAAAACCAGGUCAAGUAGAGUCUCAUUUCAGCAUUGUGCACUAUGCCGGAACAGUCCCAUAUAACUUGACUGGAUGGCUAGAAAAGAAUAAGGAUCCUCUCAAUGACACUGUCGUGGAUCAGUUCAAGCGUGGGGCUAGCGAGCUUAUGCAUGAUAUGUGGGCCGAUCAUGCAGGUCAAUCUGGGGCUGCAGUAGAAGGAGCUCCGACAGGGAAAAGUGUCAAACGAGCGAAAGGAUCAGCUUUCCAGACCGUGUCCGCUUUAUACAGGGAGCAACUAAACAACUUGAUGACUACUUUGCAAGCUACUUCACCACAUUUUAUCCGGUGUAUCAUUCCCAAUGAGGUGAAAACUCCCGGUCUAAUCGAUUCUCAUCUAGUGAUGCAUCAACUAACUUGCAACGGUGUGCUGGAAGGAAUUCGAAUUUGCAGAAAGGGUUUCCCGAAUCGAAUGCUAUAUCCAGACUUCAAGUACAGGUACAAAAUCUUAGCACCGACCGCUUGUUCGAAAACGGAUAGUGACGACAAGAAGUGUGCCAUAGUCAUUUUGGACUCUGUACAGCUUGAAUCAGACCAAUUUAGAUUGGGACAUACCAAGGUGUUUUUCCGCGCUGGAGUGUUGGGCCAACUAGAAGAAAUUCGUGAUGAACGACUCGGAAAGAUAGUCACCUGGAUGCAAUCCGCAAUUCGGGGCUACAUUUCUAAGAGAGAUUUCAAAAAGUAUCGAGAUCAAAGAGUCGCACUGCAAGUGGUACAGAGAACUUUGAGAAAAUACAUGAACCUGCGACUCUGGCCAUGGUAUCGACUCUGGCAGAAAAUUAAACCGCUUCUCAAUGUUACUCGGAUCGAGGAUGACAUCAAGAAAUUGGAAGAACGGGCUCAAAAGGCGGAGGAAAAGCUUGUCGUGGAAGAAAAGCUGAGGAAAACUAUUGAAGACAAGCAGGCAAAAAUGCAACAGGAGCUCCAGGAGAAGACGUCCCAGCUCGAGAUGGAGAGGGGCUCCCUUGGCGAAUUCAACGCAAAUUUGCGAAAAGUCACCGCACAGAAGAUUGACUUGGAGCAUCAAUUGUCGGACACCCAGGACAGAUUAACUCAGGAGGAGGAAGCCAGAAAUCAAUUAUUACAACAAAAGAAAAAGCUCGAGCAGGAAUUGGCGCGGGACAAGAAGGAGAUUGAAGAUUUGGAAUUAUCCGUUAACAAAGCGGAUGGAGAUAAAGCUACAAAAGACCAUCAGAUUCGCAAUCUCAACGACGAAAUUGCACACCAGGACGAACUUAUCAAUAAGCUUAACAAAGAGAAAAAGCAGACACAGGAAGUCAACCAGAAAACUGCUGAGGAUCUUCAGGCGGCCGAGGAUAAAGUCAAUCAUUUAAACAAAGUGAAAGCCAAAUUGGAACAGACACUGGACGAAUUGGAAGACACUCUCGAGCGAGAAAAGAAAUUACGAGGCGAUGUGGAGAAAGGCAAGCGAAAAGCCGAGGGCGACUUAAAGCUCACUCAAGAAGCCGUCACUGACCUGGAAAGGAACAAGAAAGAGCUCGAGUCAACAAUUCAACGGAAGGAUAAAGAAUUAUCCUCUCUCAGUUCUAAACUGGAAGAUGAGCAAUCUUUGGUGGCUAAAUUGCAAAAGCAGAUUAAGGAGCUGCAGGCACGAAUUGAAGAAAUUGAAGAAGAGUUGGAAGCUGAACGACAAGCGAGAGCCAAGGCAGAAAAACAGCGAUCAGAUCUAGCUCGAGAACUCGAAGAACUUAUGGAUCGUCUCGAAGAGGCCGGUGGUGCAACUGCGGCGCAGAUCGAGCUCAACAAAAAACGAGAAGCCGAACUAACCAAACUUCGUCGUGAAGUUGAAGAAGCCAACAUUCAACAUGAAGCAGCUAUGACCAACAUUCGUAAAAAACACAAUGAUGCAGUCACUGAGAUGGCCGAACAACUCGAUACUCUGAAUAAAUUGAAAGCCAAGGCAGAAAAAGAUCGUCAACAAAUGUCCACUGAACUUAAUGACGUACGCGCAGCCAUGGAUCAUGUCACUAACGAGAAGGUCGGUUUAGAAAAGCUUAACAGAAAUUUGCAACAAGCCAUGGGUGAAAUUCAGUCAAAGUACGAAGAUGCUGUCCGAACCGCUGGAGAUCUUGACCAAAGCAAGAAAAAGUUGACAUUGGAGAAUGGCGACUUGACUCGACAAAUCGAGGACGCCGAGUCUCAACUUUCACAACUCAACAAGUUAAAGGUGUCUCUUGCCACACAGCUCGAGGAUACUAAACGUUUGGCGGAUGAAGAAGCCAGGGAACGAGCCACUUUGCUAGGAAAGUUCCGAAACGUUGAGCAUGAUCUGGACAACGCAAGAGAACAGUUGAACGAGGAGGUGGAAGGGAAGGCAGAUUUGCAUCGGCAACUCUCAAAAUCUAAUGCUGAGGCGCAGUUAUGGAGGGCAAAAUAUGAAACUGAAGGUGUCGCAAGGGCAGAGGAGCUUGAAGAAUCAAAGAGAAAACUCCAAGCCCGACUCCAGGAAGCGGAAGAGACCAUCGAGUCCCUCAACCAGAAAGUUAUCGCUUUAGAGAAAACAAAACAACGACUUUCCACCGAAUUAGAAGAUAUGCAACUUGAAGUUGAACGCGCUACGGCCUUAGCCAACCAAUUAGAAAAGAAGCAAAAAUACUUUGACAAAAUUGUUGCUGAAUGGAAAGCAAAAGUGGACGAUCUUGCUGCUGAACUUGACGCUUCACAAAAAGAGUGCAGAAACUAUUCGACGGAGUUAUUCCGACUACGUGCCCUAUUCGAAGAGGCUCAGGAACAGCUCGAAGGGGUCAAGCGAGAGAACAAAAAUCUGGCCGAAGAAAUUAAAGACCUCCUCGAUCAGAUUGGUGAAGGGGGAAGGAACAUUCAUGAAAUUGAGAAGGCCCGGAAACGACUAGAAGUUGAGAAGGAUGAGCUUCAGGGUGCAUUGGAAGAAGCAGAAUCUGCUCUGGAACAGGAGGAAAAUAAGGUCCUUCGUGCCCAGUUGGAAUUGAGCCAGAUCAGGCAAGAGGUUGAUCGACGAAUCCAGGAGAAGGAAGAGGAGUUUGAAAACACUCGAAAGAACCACCAGCGAACUAUGGAAUCCAUGCAGGCCAGUUUGGAAGCGGAAGCCAAAGGAAAAGCUGAAGCACUGCGAAUGAAAAAGAAGCUGGAGGCCGACAUUAACGAGUUAGAACUCGCUUUGGAUCAUGCAAACAAGGCAUGCGCCGAAGCACAAAAGAGUAUAAAGAGGUAUCAACAACAGCUCAAAGAAACUCAGCAACAAUUGGAAGAGGAACAGCGAGCAAGAGACGAGGCUCGAGAACUUCUGGGGAUGGCAGAGCGACGCGCUAACGCCUUAGCCAACGAACUUGAGGAGGCUCGAACUCUGCUGGAGCAGGCUGAUCGUGCGAGAAGGUUGGCAGAACAAGAGUUGGGCGAUGCUCAUGAUCAACUGAACGAACUUGUGGCUGCCAAUGGAUCUCUUGCUGUAGCAAAGAGGAAAUUGGAAGGAGAGCUUCAAACUCUUCAUUCGGAUUUGGAAGAAAUCCUCAAUGAGGCCAAGAACUCUGAAGAAAAAGCCAAGAAAGCAAUGGUUGAUGCUGCACGAUUAGCUGACGAGUUGAGAACGGAACAAGAACAUGCCCAAUUACAAGAAAAGGCACGAAAAGCAAUGGAACAGCAAAUGAAAGAACUCCAAGUUCGAUUAGAAGAAGCUGAGCGAGACGCAUUGAAGGGUGGGCGCAAAAUGAUUGCCAAACUCGAAGAAAGAACUCGAAGUUUAGAACAUGAGCUGGAUGGGGAGCAACGUCGACAUGCAGAAUCGCAAAAGAAUGUUCGUCGAGCAGAACGACGCAUUAAGGAGCUGGCCUUCCAAGCCGAAGAAGACAAGAAGAACCACGAGAGAAUGCAAGAUUUAGUUGAAAAAUUGCAGCAAAAAAUUAAAACCUACAAGAGGCAGAUUGAAGAAGCGGAAGAAAUUGCAAGUUUGAAUCUCGCUAAAUUCCGAAAAGCCCAAGCAGAACUAGAAGAAGCUGAGGAAAGGUCCGACCUGGCAGAACAAGCAUUGGGGAAAAUGCGAGCCCGAGGAGGUCGUGCCGGAAGUGCUGCUCGUGCUUUAAGCCCUCCGCCUCAUCGCCCUCAACCGCGACCGCUUCCGAUGUCCAACGCUGCCGACGUGUUCCGUCCAUUUGAUGACUCUGACGCCUAAAAAUGCAACUAAUAAUGUUCCUUAUCAGCAAGAAGAGGAUGCCAAAAAUCUCUACUGCUUGUUGCCUUACAAUGCUAACAUCUCAAAAUACCUAAACCUUAUUUUUCCGCAAUUAGUUAUUUCUGUUAUUAAUUUCACCAUUCAAUCAGAAUAUCUAAAUUAGAAAAUUUCUAGUCAAAAGAGUGGCCUGUUAUUAUAUAUCAUCAGAUUAUAAUAAUAUUAGAAUUUGGUUCAAAAACGAAUAAAUAAAUUAUGGUUUGGUUGAAAAAU